UGUGGAUAUUAUCGGCUGCAUGUUUACCUGCAUCCUCCUCCAGUUGUUGCCGAGCCACUGUUCUCGAGACGUCCUGAACACUCGAAACCAGAACACCAAUCUUGGUUCUCUACGACAAACCCCAUAUUGGGAAUGACUAUUUCGAUCCUUAUCUUGGCCACGAACAUCAUCCGUUUGCUUCGAACCCUUAGCGUAAAACAUCGUUCUUGGAUCUAAACCGAGCACGCACCACCAAGAUAUCACAUAGCGUGCUUCUCCUCGCGUUUGCGCCAACUAUGACCUCUCUCCCAGCUUCCAAAAGCGGUAGCGUUAGUGGUGCCAACGGCGAUAAACGUUUCCAAGUCAACAACAACAACAAUGACCAUGGCUUGCAACCACCGCGUGGUCUGGGUCUAUCCGAACCGCCCAUCUCACCGGCUGUGACAACUGGGACAGCCUCGUCUGGAAACUUUACCGACAUCCAUAUGCGGCAGCUUAUCAGACCGAAAAAGUUCCGAACACUCUCGAACGCCUCGAGCAUCCUCAGCGACAUCUUUAACCAUCCCGAUGCCAAUGAGGACGAGCUAAAGAACAAGAUUAAAGAGGCAAAUGACCGCGAUCGUGAAGCCCUUUACAACAUGAAUGAGUCUCUCCGGAGCACGCCGCCCCCUCCUCCCGAGCCCAUGCCCACCCCUGACGAGGAUAAGAAGCAUCGCAGUGGGUUGUGGGGAUUCUUCAAGAGAAAGUCCUUCAAAUCAGCAAAGAAAAGGGUCAAGUCGGCUCCGCCCAAGAUCGUGGUUCCGGAGCCUCCGGGCGUAGGGAGAGCCACCACAACCACACAUACCACGGAGGACGGCCAUCGUCAAACUGUGAUAUCCAUUCCCGCCCAGCGCACGUUCAACUUGGGACCAGUCCCUAGGUCGCCUGGCUUUGGCCUGUCACCCAAAUCACCCAUCACUGGAACCCCCAUCAGACCGCCGAGGCCCAGCAUCGGUCUAGAGACUCUGGUAGAGCAGCAGGAGUCAAACGAGCGACACGUCCAGGUCCCGGCCAGCGCACCUGUGAUACCUCCGAUUAACGACGGGCUGGGCAUCUCACCUCUACUUCCCAAGGAGGACUUUUCCCGUCUCCACAGGGUUUCCGGAUCCGUAGUCCCGCCGGCCGAGUCACCGCCAGAACUUCCUCAGGCCCAGGAAGCUUCGGUUGGUGUUGAUGGUGAGCUUGGUAGUUCAAACUCGUCGAAAGUGACAUCCUGUCAAGACCAUACCCUACCCGAGUUCGUCUCGCCGGCCAGUCCUCUCCAUCUAAGCGUCUGCCUGUCGACGGCGCAGUCCAGCCUCGAUCGCCGGUCUAAGAUGAGCUCUGGAUUGAAACUCCCUGAUCACACAGACCAUACCGAACGACCCCUGGAUGGAGAAGUUGAGGAAGUCUCUGAGCCAUCGUCGUCGAAUGCCUCUCAUCACGCGAGAGACCAUGCUAGAUCAGUGGAUGUAAGCUCCUUGUCGUCGGUGGCUUCUUCUGACAAACUACGUUUCACCUCGGUGAUGACCGUAGCUGAUCUCAAGCCUUUGUCGUGCAAGAGCAGCAGCAAUUUUGGACCGUCGCAACCAGAGGGGCGAAAGCGACAGAAUGACGAGCCUGGACUGACGAACAGUGUUAGCUCAUCCGAGCCUCUGUCCGGAGUCCCAUCGACAGAAUCUUUUGUCGACUCGUCAACCCCACAGGCGACUCCUCUGUCAGCUCCUUCCAACAAUCUAAGAAGGACCAACGGAAUCAUCUGUCCGCCCUUGCGACUCUCCUCCGACAGUGUCCCACGCUCCGGCUCUCACAUCGAUCUCCUGCAGCUCCGUCACUCUAAGGAAAAAGAGCUCGACACACUGCGCGCCCGGCUUCGCCAGCUGGAGAACAGAAACAGUUGGCUGCUGACGGCCGUGACGAAGCAUCUUCCUGACGGGUACUACGCCUAUCAAGACGACAAAUAUGAUGAUGAUAUGGAAGAGAGAGGUCGCCCACACUCGCGAAGCACCGUCUCCAGCAGCCCAAUUCUGUCCGGUUUCCGAAUGCCGAUUGACGGCAAUGACGAUGACGACGGCAUACUAACCCCGCGAGGAACGCAUUUCAACCUUACGGACCUUACAGACAACGACCCAAGCAGCGAGCGCUGGUCGCUCACCUCUCAACACACCUUCGGCAGCACCACCAUCGACGACAGCGUCGCCGGCACCGGCUUCAGCAGCAGUAACCUGACGAUAGGUUCCCGGCUGACACCGCCCGCGCAGCACACGCAACAUGCUCGCUACAACCCAAGUCCUGUUACCACCCACAAUUCCAGCAGCAGCGGCAGUGGUAACAGAAGCAGCGCCUCCUUGUCAGCGCGACCGACGACGACGACACCAAUCCCGAUCCCGAUACCGCAUUCGAAGCCGACACUCGUCACUCGCUCCUACAAUAUUCCUGUGUUUUGGAGUGGUAGUGUCGGUAGCAGCCGCGGGCAGCCAUUCGGGUCGAUGACGACGACGACAGCAACAGCAGCAACAGCAGCAACGAGUCACGACGUCGCAAACACCUCCAAUAGAACUCUACCGAUCCAAACACGUCCUGUCCUCCCCGCCGGUCGCGAACGAAGUCUACCCCGCGAUCCCCGACUGGCAUCGUUUUCUUCCCGAUCCCGAAGUACCUCCCGAGCCCCCGCCCAGACUCUCCCUCCCUCCCUAACUUACAACGGCCUUCUCCCCGACACGGCAGCGCAAAGAAGAGAAGAGAGGGAAUACAGGAAGAAACAAGAAGAAAUCAUGCGGCGGCUCGCCGAUACCCCCCGCGGAGUUCAGCAGUCCAACACUCUACACCCUAACUCUUCCUCGGCAUCUGUAGGCUCGGUACGACAACUUCAGGGGGAACAGUCAGUUGCCGCCUCCGCUUCAACGUCGGCGAGGUCAACAGCAUUGUAUAACGGGUAUUCAUCAUCUGGUUACGAAAGUGACCAGGGAUACGGAGGAAACAAUAAUGGAAACAAUGGAUACCACGACGGCCGCAAUCCGUUGACGAGGCUACGGCACCUGAGGGAGAAUGUGGGAAGGGCUAUUAGUGGAAUUGGAAUUGGGGUGGCGGUUACUAGUGAUGAGGAUGGGUAUGUUUAUGAUGGGUAUGAUGGUGAUACUUACCAGUAUCACGAACAGAGUGAUGCCGGUUAUGAUAGUUAUGGACACCAUGACUAUGGUGGUUAUAGCAGCUACGAUGGCGAUGGCGAUGGCUAUGGGACGGCUUCUGCUGGUCAUGGGCUAGGACGGGAGCAAGAAAAAGGGGAGGAUCACGAAGGCCGGCAAGAAGGGGAAGAACAACAAAAGGGACGAGACGCAGCAGAAGGAGAAGGAGAAUACACCCUCUCAACCUUUUCCCACCUCUCCAGGCACCCGAACCGCGACCGAUACCAACGCAACGACUCCCCGCCGCCGUUCUCAUUGCCUUCGUGGCCAUCACUGCCAUCACUCCCAUCGUUGCCCUCUUUGGCUGGUCCGAGUCACUCCAGCUUAGAAACAGAAGAAUGGUUCCCUUCCCUCUAUCGAUCUCAUACGCAACAAACACAACAGACAGAGAACGACAGUCAUGAUACUCCUCCCAACCAUCAUCAAUCAACGGCUAACAACAACAACAACAACAACAACAACAACAACAACAACAACAACAACAACAACAACAACAACAACAACAACAACAACAACAACAACAACAACAACAACAACAACAACAACAACAACAACAACAACAACAACAACAACAACAACAACAACCCAACAAGUAACAAGACGAACAAACGAACCCUCAGGAGGAAAACGACAAUUGCCGCAAUGAACGGUAACCGAUCCAGCACAAGUACCAACAGAAACGGAAGCGAAUGGGAUACCCUCGAGCCGUUGAUGCGCGAGCUAAUCGGUAACGGAGCCAACGGAGCCAACGGAGCCAACGGAGCCAACGGAGCCAGCGAAACCGGUAGUGGUGCAAGUGGUAUCGACGACCAGCAAAGCAUCAGUCGUAACGGGCAUGGGGAGGAGAAUACGCCGCCACUGGUGGACAAAGUAUUUGGAUUAGGUCCGAUGGACGAGAAGGAUUUGGAAGAGGAGGCAUUGGAGGGUUCGGUUAAUCUUUUGCAGUGAUUACAUAUGUGGAGGAUAUGGCGGAUAGAUAGAUGUGUAUUCGUGAAGGGAAGGAUGUGGCUUCGAUACAAAUAGUCGUGGAUGGGCAUUUAUGAUGUUGCGAACUUGGGUAGGUAAAUACACUGAUGAGUGAUGGGGCAUAACGAAGCGAUGGGCACAUACAAAGGAGAAGGAGUAAUGACGAUAGAUACAUACCCGAUGCUAUAGAUCUAAUUGUUUUCAUAAGCUCAGAUCAAAGCAUGAAUAAAAAAAGCAACGGACUUCUUCACAACGACCCCCUCACCCUCUCCUCUCUCAACCACCUCCCACUUCCCAUCCCCUCAGCUAUUCCCUCCACCUCCCC